AUGCCCAAUUAUGCUAGGUUUCUAAAGGAUAUUUUGAGUGGAAGAAGAAAUUGUGAUGUUGUUGAAACGGUGAACCUCACCGAAAGUUGUAGUGCAAACAUAAUGAACAAGAUGCCUCCAAAGUUAGGAUAUCCGGGUAACUUUUCCAUUCCUUGUGCCAUAAAUCGAAUGCAAAUUGACAAUUCUUUAUGUGACUUAGGGUCUAGUAUUAGCCUUAUGCCAUAUACGGUUUACCAAAGACUUAAUAUAGGGGAGCUUUUAAUUGACUACCAACAUUACCCUCUAAUUAGCGGUAAAUCAAUCAAAUUCCCUAAGGGCAAGGUAGAGGAUGUUCCUCUAAGGGUUGGAAAGUUUGUUAUACCGGUUGAUUUUGUUGUGCUUGACAUGGAUGAGGAUGUGCAUAUUCCUAUCAUUUUAAGGAGACCUUUUCUAGCUACAUCUGGUGCAUUAAUUGAUGUGAAAAGUACUAAAAUUACACUCAAAGUAGGUGAAGAGGUUCUUAAGUUUGAUUUGAAUGCAAGCAUGAAAUAUCCUAGUUCUACUUUAGAGAAAUGCAUGAAAAUUGACACCAUUGAUUGUAUUAUGAAUUCUAUGCAAGAGCACUUGCUCUCUACUAACAAUGCCCUUGAGAAUGUCUUGUUAAACAAGGAAAAUAUAGGUCAUCAAAGCAAGGAAAUGGGGUUGUAUGAAGAGUUUCUUGAUGAGAAUGUUGAAGGAAAUGUUGAUCAAGCUUGCAUGGGAAUCACACCCAAACAUGCUAUGGAGAUUGCCACUACAAAGGAAGGUGUUUGGAGAUGA